CGCGCUGAUUCCCCCCCUCCACCGCAUGGAAAUGCUUUCUCAGUACCUCCUCACCUGCACCAGCAGCUUUCUGUGCCUCAGGUGCAGAGUGACAGUCCCUUACCUCUCCUGUCCCUGCCUGUGAGCACGAGGGUUCCUCCCUACCAAUUGCUGCUGACAACAGUUUUAUCCAAGCUAAGGAGGGAGGACUGGAUUUGACCUGAUGAACCAAAUUGCCAAGUGCUUUGACUGACAUUAAAAGGAACGGGACAUUUACCUAGCAUCGAAGAUAGCAGCCAGGCUUUCUGUGAGACCGUAGCAUUUCUGCGGUUAACGUGGGAAGGGGAAGUACAGGAAGUGAAGAACAGGAGCUGCUGUGACAUUUGGGGCUUACACAAGCCUCUGAACAAAGUAGCAAUGUCUUAUACUCUCUUCUUGCUGCUAAUCUCGCUCUCCAAGUCCAGCUUGUUGAGAAGUGAGCCUGAUGUGAGGAGCUCCAUCCUUCUUGCGCUUGAGAAAGCGACUGUCUUCAUGGAGAGUCAGUAUCAGGACAUCAAUUUAGAUGCGGUGUUGGGAUUUCAUAUUUUGCAAGGUUAUUUGGAAGGAACCCUAGAAAAAUGGUCCUCAGAGCAUCAAUCGCUUGCUCAACGUGCCCAAGUUGAGAGCUUGGUGAGGAAGUUGUCUUCUGUGAUUGAAAAAGCAACUCAUUUUCUAGCACAGAAUGACCCCAAAUAUUUCAAAGAAUUUGAACCGAUUUUAGGACCAGAUUUUUGGGUCUUUCCUCGACUGUGGAACCAAACUGAUUCCUUGCUGGCUUACUCUGCAUUUGGUGGUACCAAGUGUCUUACAGAGGAAAUAAGCGACUUGUGCUUGACGUAUUUGCUGGGAACAGGGAAAGAAAGUGGCAAGUCCUGCAUUGUCACAAGCACCUGUAGGAACAUAAUGACAAAGCUUGGUUGCUCAGAUUACUCCCUGUCCCAUCAGCUUUUUUACUUCAUGUUUGCUGAUCUGAAAGGAUGCUCAGAUCAUCUGUUCCUGAGGGCCCAGUAUUACAAGAAUAUUUUCUGUGCUAGCAUGAUGAAAAUAAACCUGGAAAUUGAAACCAAUGGAUUCCAGUUUUCUUCUCGAGACCUCUUCAUGGAAAAUAUUAUGUUCUGUGGCAUGUCUGGUUUCUCAGACUUCUACAAACUCAGAUGGCUGGAGGCCAUUCUCACUUGGCAGAAGGCUAACGAAGGAUGCUUUGGAAAACCUAGUAAGGAUUUUGAACACACCUCUGGAGGAACAGACCAAAAACAUCUGCUAAGGAGAAUUAAGAGAAGGGAGAAGCUGUUUGCAGAUGGAUGUUCCUCUCAUAACACGGCUGUUGCAGUAGGAACACUUGGGGGGUUCCUCUACUACUACUGCUGACAAUGACAGUGCAUUACAGACUGUCAACUGGGAAUGCCACUUCCACACAGAGGUGAUUGAUUGGCCCUUGAGUAAUACCAGUGCUCACUCCAGAGUGAAAUGACUUUGAAGCACAAUCUUCUCUUGCAAUACAAGGAGCAGCCCCACUUUGGGAGCCAGUUUUUAAUUAUAGCAAUACUGGAUAGUCCUGUACAAUGCUGUUUUUACUGACACGUUUCAGAGUAUCCCAGAGGGUCAGGGAUUAGUUCAGUGCAGCCCCAUUACCACUGAAUACGUACAUUGUUCUCUAGCUCAAAUUCUACUAUUUCCAAGGAGAUCCUCAACUUUAUUGGGACUGGAUUAAUAUCCUGAAUAUUUCUCUGAUCAGUCUCUCCAUUUGCUGUCUCAAGCCCUGAUCCUGCCAGGUACUAAACACCUUCAGCAUCUGCAUUCUACCAGGUUCUAGUACAUACACACAGUAAGCAAUUUUCAACUGUUUUCAGUUUGCUGAUACCUAUUUUCUAGUGGAAAUGCAGGUGUCAAGAGGAAACAGAAGCCUCCUGACACAAACAUUUACAUUAUUACCUGGACAAGACCCCGUGGAAGUAACUGAUGAACCCCAGGGUGAAAAUCAUUAAGUUAGAGCCCUUUUCAGGAGCUUGAAGCUUGGUUAAAUGUAUUGACCAUGAAUGAAAUAAAACGUAUCACGCAGUGCAAGGAACAAAUGGUAUUUCUUCACUACAGAUAGACAUGAAUAAAGGAUGCUCUUCUUUUGGCCCUGAUGGCCACCCAAUCUGAACGUUGCCGUCGUGGUACUCUGGUUAUUUUGCAAAAUGUUUCUUUCUUUUACCGAUAUUACAAAAACAGCUGUUCGAUAUUUUACUUCCACUAUAAUUCAGUUCUCCAUAUUGCCUACCAGCAAAUUUGUAGUAACAAUAAAACCUCUUAUAGCACAUAACUGAUUAGCUAUGUGGGCAUACUGGCUCAACAAGAUAGUAAAGCCUUGAAUGUUUGCUCAAAGAUCCGGUUUGGAAUGAAUCUUUUUCUCAUUAGGGAAACAAAGACUCUGGUCUUUUCAAGGGAAAACCACUGUCCCAGAUCCCAAACUACCUUUACACAUACAGCCCUGGUAUUGCCAGACACACAUUCAUACAAACUUGUAGGAGAUCUAGGCUUCUAGGAUCUCUUGUUUCAUUCUCCCCUCGGAUCAGACAGCUACUUGCUUAUGGUCGUGCAUUCACCUAAUGCAAAAGGCAAAUUGCUUUUCAUAUGUACUUCCUUGAAUAGAGUGCAAAUAUGACAUCCUGUGAUGGAGUCAAUGACUGAUUGUUUCCUGGACGUAUAACACUGCUAAUUCCAUAUAUUUGUA